UUUCUUCCAUGAACAGCUUAACAUGAUGAUCGCAAUAUUGGGCAUUUUUCCAACAGUUGACCCUACUGUGGUCACUAGUUUUCUGGUACUAAGCGUACUUGCUUUCUUGUUCUACAUCCAAUCCGGCACCAGCCUCCCCUUGGUCAACGGAAAAGAGCGGUUGGAAUUUCGUCUCAGUCCAGCGAAGAAACGAUUUCUUGUCGAUGCUAAAUCGCUCAUCGCGCGAGGCUUGAAAAAGCCGUUCAAGGAGGGAACAAACCCGGACAAUAUAGUUCAGGAUGCUGUUCGUAUGAAAUUGACGCAGAGCCUAGGUGAUGUGACCAAGCCAUUAUCGGACGAGACUGCGGUUACAUUGAGAUCCCACUGGACAGAUAACACUGAAUGGCACACUAUCAACACCAAGGAAACCGUCCUCCAGAUAGUCGCUCAGCUCUCAUCCAAAGUGUUUCUGGGCGACAGGAUCUGCCGCGAUCCCAGAUGGCUUCGAAUCACCGUCGACUAUACGGUUGACUCUUUCCUGGCCGCCCAGUCUCUCCGAAUGUGGCCUACCAUCUUCCAUCCCGUUGUCGCACGAUUCCUCCCAUCCUGUCGGAAGGUUCAAUCUGAAUUGCAGGAAGCUCGUGAAAUCAUCAACCCGGUACUGGCGGAGCGCGCGGCCGAAAAAGAAGCCGCAGCACGACAAGGAAGCACCCCGAAACGCUACACAGACGCGAUGGAAUGGAUGGAACAAUGUGCGAAAGGUCGACCGUACGAUGCUGGUGCUGCGCAACUUUCCUUUUCCCUUGCGGCUAUCCAUACUACCUCGGAUAUGCUCACUCAGGUUCUUUAUGACCUAUCCGGGAAGGAUGAGUUGAUUGAAGCUCUACGUGAAGAAGCUCGCACCGUGAUUAAAGAAGAUGGAUGGCAGAAGACUACACUCUACAAAUUGAAACUAAUGGAUAGUAUGCUGAAAGAGAGUCAACGGAUGAAGCCAAUCAGUGUCGUUUCCAUGAGACGUCUCGCAACGAAGACUGUUACUUUAUCGGACGGCACCACAAUCCCGAAAGGUACUUCGAUCUUCGUCUCUAGCAAACGCAUGUGGGAUCCAGAGAUAUACCCGAAUCCUGGGACCUUCGACGCAUAUAGAUUCCUGCGACUGCGCGAGACUCCGGGCAACGAAAACUCCUCGCAAUUGGUCUCAGUGUCCCCGGAGCAUUUCGGCUUUGGUCUGGGCAAGCACGCUUGUCCUGGUCGGUUCUUCGCUGCGAAUGAGAUUAAGAUCGCACUUUGCCAUAUUUUACUCAAAUAUGACUUUCGACUGGAGGAAGGUUCUCAGCCUGAGAUUAUGAAGAUGGGAUCUGAGAUUAGUGCGGAUCAUUUUGCGAGAUUGCAGAUUAGGCGGAGGGAGUCGGAGAUUGAACUUUAG